AUGGAGAUUGGAAGACCCUCUUCUACACCAUUCAUAGGCCUAGGCAGCUUCAGCUUUUUUGUUUUGAUAGUUUUCCAUCUUCAAACUAGCUAUGCAAAACAUCAUAAUCAUCAUUGCCCUGCAUCUUCAUGUGGAAAUAUACACAAUAUAAGCUACCCUUUUCGGCUCCAAACCGAUCCACCAAACUGCGGGAAGAAAAGGUAUGAACUAUCUUGUGAGAAUAACAACCAUUCCACUGUCUUAAACUUGUAUUCAGGAAAAUACCAUGUCCAUGCAAUCAAUUACAAUAACUACACAAUUCAAGUGGCGGAUUUCAAUAUUCACAAGGCUAAUUGCUCCUUCGUGCCUCCUUAUUCUCUGUUCAAUUAUAACUUCAGUCGCAGAGAUCCAUAUUUAAUUAAGAUGAAUACAGGCAGUGAAUCAUAUUCACUCUCAGAAGCUAUAACAUUUGUCAAGUGUGAAAAUCCAGUUGAGUCUCCUCUUUACAUACCCACUGAUCCAUGCAUCAAUAGUAGUGGUGCUGCUACUACUAUCUUAUCCAAAGGGGAAUACUACUCUUAUGUGAAGGUUGGUGGAACAUAUACAUCGGGGUUAGAGGAUUCUUGCCGUAUAGAGCUGAUGGUUAUGAUCACAUCACGACAGCAGAGAAUUUGGGAAAACAGCAGCACCAACAUUUCCUACAAAGACAUACACAAUCAACUUGUAUACGGCUUUGAGCUUUCAUGGUUGCCAAGUUUUGUUAAUGAUGUUCAUUUUGGUUACACUUGCUAUGUCAAUGGCUCCAACAACGUGGUCCAUUGUAAGGAUAUAUAG